AUGUCGUUCAACAACCCCACUCAAAUCUUCGCGGAAGAUGUGACGGAGGAGAAGGGUGAAAUUGCCCGUCUCUCUGCUUUUGUCGGUGCCAUCGCGGUGGGAGAUUUGGUUAAGAGCACCUUGGGACCCAAGGGAAUGGACAAGAUCCUUCAAUCCGCCUCGACAGGGGAAAUUAUGGUCACAAACGAUGGAGCUACGAUAUUAAAAGCUAUUGCAUUAGAUAACGCUGCUGCGAAAGUGCUGGUGAACAUCUCUAAAGUACAGGAUGACGAAGUUGGUGACGGUACGACGUCCGUGACCGUGCUCGCUGCAGAACUACUACGUGAAGCGGAGAAGCUCGUCGAAAAGAGGAUUCACCCUCAGGUUAUCAUCGAUGGGUAUAGAAUAGCCAGCAAGGCUGCCCUUGGGGCUCUGGAGCAAGCUGCUGUCGAUAACAGCUCCGACCCGGUCGCCUUCCGAAAAGAUUUACACUCGAUCGCUCGAACAACCCUCAGCUCCAAGGUCCUCGCUCAGGAUCGAGACCACUUUGCUAGUUUGGCCUGUGAUGCAGUCUUAAGACUAAAAGGCUCAACCGAUUUGAGCCAUAUCCAGAUCAUUAAGAAGGCGGGUGGCAAGCUGUCGGAUUCAUAUCUCGACGAAGGUUUCAUCCUCGACAAGAAGAUCGGCGUCAAUCAGCCGAAGAGGCUCGAAAAUGCAAAGAUCUUGGUUGCCAACACAGCAAUGGACACAGACAAAGUCAAGAUCUUUGGAGCAAGAGUCAAGGUCGACUCUACGGGGAAGCUUGCUGAGUUGGAGAAAGCUGAGAAGGAAAAGAUGAAAGCCAAGGUGGACAGGAUCAAGGCCCAUGGCAUUAACUGUUUUGUGAACCGACAGCUCAUUUAUAACUGGCCCGAACAAUUGUUUACGGAUGCCGGGAUUGUUUCCAUCGAACACGCCGAUUUCGAUGGCAUCGAGCGAUUGGCCCUGGUGACUGGCGGAGAGAUCGCCUCCACCUUUGACCACCCUGAUCAGGUGAAGCUGGGCCACUGUGACCUCAUCGAAGAAGUCAUCAUUGGUGAAGAUACUCUCAUUAAGUUCUCGGGAGUUGCCGCCGGGCAAGCCUGCACAAUCGUCUUGCGGGGCGCCACCGAACAACUUCUUGACGAGGCAGAGAGAUCCCUCCACGAUGCCCUUGCCGUCCUAUCGCAAACCGUGAAAGAGCCAAAGGUGACACUCGGCGGUGGCUGUGCGGAAAUGAUCAUGUCUAGGGCCGUCGAGCAAACCGCCCAAAACACCACUGGCAAGAAGCAGCUCGCAGUUGACGCGUUUGCCCAAGCGCUCAAGCAGCUCCCCACCAUCCUCGCCGACAACGCCGGCCUGGAUUCAAGCGACCUUGUUACCCGACUAAGGCAGGCUAUCAACAAGGGGUUGAUGAGCUCCGGUUUGGAUCUUCUUACUCCCGGUGGCGGCAUUGCAAACAUGCGCGAACUUGGCGUCGUCGAAAGUUAUAAGCUAAAGAGGGCGGUUGUGUCUUCAGCAUCAGAAGCUGCAGAGCUCCUCCUUCGUGUCGAUAACAUCAUCCGAAGCGCCCCGCGCAAGAGAGAGCGCGUCUAG